CAUCGUCAACAACUCAGCCCCCUACUCCUUCUGUUGGUGAUCCACGAAACUCUCCGGGACCACAGCCCAAAAAUACACAAGAUAACAUUGCAUAACGGUCACCUUGCCGCGUAUGCCGUAAUCUCAGUCAUGGCCCAAGCCCUGCAAUGGCCACGUCUCACAAGGCGAAGCCCUCCCGCAGCCUUCUCUCGAGCCCCAGCCAAGACCGACUCACUCAACCCCUCAUCCAGCCUGCCUUCCAAAGCCUCAAAGUCAAAAACAGAGCCGCCUGCGCCUCCCCAUCCAAGCCUUCGUCAUCGCAAACCGAGGGGGCACGGCAGGAUGGAGACCACGUCGCCCCCCCUCUUCCGAACCCCGCAAAGCCGGCCUUCCAACAAGGACAUACGUUGAACUACAGACAUGCCGCAACAUCGGACGAAAGAGGAAAAGAAAAAGAAGAGGAGAGAUGGGUGACGCCUCAUCACUCAGCGAAUGCGCUCGCUGCCCAAGACAUCCGAACAAGUUCUUCGCCCAGCCCCGCAAACUUUCCCAUCGCACACGUUGUAAAGCAGACGCAGGCCCGAUGGCCCACGUCCACAUUGGCUAUGCCAUCUGAUGCAGAGUUCCAGGCCACAGGAAAGGCCAAGAUGAAUGGAAAAAUAAAAGUAAAAAACAAAAACAAAGGGGGAGGGAGGCCGCACAGCUUGGAAGUCUGCACUUGCUCACUUCCAGCCCUUACAAUUGGACAUGUGCGUGCUCGGCGGCCCAACCGACCAUGACCUUGAUCGGAUAUUUCCGACGACCACACCCACCGCCCCUUAUGCCCGUGUGAGAACAAGCCACGUUGGAAGAGGAGUAGAACAAUUCGAGAAACUGCUUUUCCUCGCGCCAAGAAAUCUUUUGUGAGAAAUCAUCAAAGUCACAAGGGGGCGAAGAGAAUUAGAAGCACAGGCUUCUCCGUAGCAUCGGCGC